CAGGUGCCUUUAAGGAACCGAAUAGUUAUGCCCAACAAGUGGCAAACCGAUAGCCCUAGACAAACUAAAUCUACUCCCUCUGUUCCAUAAUGUAAGACGGAGGGAGUAGAUCACAUUUCAUUUGGUAAGACAUGGUUCAUCAAGCACCCAAAUGAUUAAUUUGUAUCACAAAUAGAAAUGGUACAAAUUUACAGACGGUCUCCAUGUGCUUCUUAUAUUUGUCACUAAAACAGAUGAGUAUGGCAGCACGCUAUGGUGUCCAAGCACACCCAAAAAGAACUACUGUACACCGCUAGUUAUGUCCAACAAGUGGCAAACCGAUGGCCCCAGACAAAUCAAAUCAAGAUCACAUUCUACUCCUUCAGCAUUGCAUGUUCUGAGCCCAUGGCCAUGUCCCUUGCCAACCUGUCAGGAUAGCUGCUGCACCUAAACUGCAUUGUUCUCUUCUCUUCCUCCCUCACCCCUAUAAAUCCAUCAGAUUAGCACCACCACCAGCACCACAUCAGUUCAUUCAGAGACCAAAGCAGCGUUACUACACCUAGCCAAGAAAGAAAUACAAGGAGGAAAAGAAGCAUGGUCAGUGCCAAGAGACUUGCUCAGAUGGCAAAGAAGUGGCAGAGGAUGGCGUCCAUCGGGAGGAAGAGGCUCACCCAAACCACAUCAGCGGUCAAAGGAGCAGCCAAUGACGAGCGAUGUGCAACUUCGCCGUCGGUUGCAAUGAAGGGCCACUGUGUGGUGUACACCGCCGACAGUGUGCGGUUUGAGGUGCCGCUGGCAUACCUCGACACGGCGGUCUUCUGCGAGCUCCUGGCAAUGUCCCAAGAGGAGUUCGGCUUUGCAGGUGGCUAUGAUGGGAGGAUCAUGCUGCCCUGUGAUGCCACGGUCAUGGAGUAUGCCCUGCGCUUGCUCCGGAGAGAUGCCUCCACGGAAGUCGUGAUGGCAUUCAUGAGCUCCAUCGCGAGGCCGUGCAGCUUCGAGGGCAGUGUGGUGGGCGUAGGGCUUAACAAGCAAGCAGUAGUUUGUUAGCCUCUGAAGAAAGGCAUGCAGCUGUAGAGGAGCUAGAUUUAGCCCUGCUCUGUUAAUUUCAUGAUAUGAAUAUACUGUAGCAAGUUGCAGAUUGGACAAGGAAAUUUAUGAAGAUUACCUCGCACUUCUCGACAUGGUGAACUUUUGUAACUCCAAUAAAGAAAACCUUGGGUAUACAUAUCAAAAUUUAAAUA